AUGCCGCUUCCUCAUGUCCACGCGCACCGCCGCACUUCCUUGACAGGCAACAAGUCCUCUGGCGAUGAGCAAAACUCCGGUCCGGAAGAUGAGACUGUUGUGGAGCCGGACCAGGGCAAUGUCCUGUCGCACAUUAUAUCCCAGCUCCGGCCCGGAGCUGACUUGAGCCGAGUCACCCUUCCUACGUUUAUUCUCGAGCCUCGAUCGAUGCUGGAAAGGAUCACAAACUUCAUGGCACAUCCAGAAACUCUCCUACCAAUGGCCGACAUUGACGAUCCGCUGGAGAGAUUCGUCUCGGUGAUCAAAUUCUACCUGAGCGGCUGGCACAUCAAACCUCCAGGAGUCAAAAAACCGCUCAACCCCAUCCUCGGAGAAACGUUCAACUGCUACUGGGACUACCAAGACGGCACGCGAGGAUACUACAUUUCCGAACAGACCUCGCACCACCCGCCCAAAUCGAGCUACUUUUUCAUGGCCCCCGAACACCACAUUAGGAUAGACGGAACGCUCAAACCGCGGAGCAAAUUUCUGGGCAACUCUGCUGCCAGUCUGAUGGAAGGCACGGCGAUUUUACGCUUUCUGAACCGGGGCACGGAUCCUACCAAGGGUGAACGAUACAUCCUAACCCAGCCUAAUAUGUACGCCCGCGGAAUCCUGUUCGGAAAAAUGAAGUACGAGCUCGGCGACCACAGCUUUGUCAGAUGCCCCGAGAACCACUUAGUGGCCGAUCUGGAAUUCAAGACCAAGGGCUAUUUCUCGGGAACGUACAAUGCCAUUGGCGGGACGAUCAAGAACGAGCAGACUGGCGAGAUUUACUACGACAUAUCCGGUUUCUGGAACGGCGAAAUGUUUUUGAAGAGCCAUGCUACUGGAAAGAAAGAGCUUUUAUUCGACGCUACGCACGCAAAGCAUACUCCGCCCCUGGUACGACCGCUUGAAGAACAGACGGACCGCGAAUCGCAGAAACUCUGGCUCAGCACCGUGCGUGGCCUGUACGCGCGAGACCACGAAGUCGCGACGACGGAGAAGACCAAGAUCGAGGACCGCCAAAGAGAAGAGGCAGCCAAACGGGCUGAGGAGGGUGCUGAAUGGAAACCGCGGCUUUUCCGGUCUGUUCGCGGCGGGCCUGGGGGUUCUGAAGAAGGCGAGGAGGAUAUUGACUGGAUUAUUGAUGCUGAAAUCGACUACAACAAUAUCGAAAAAACGCACCAACAGAUUCUCGCUAUCGCACCCAUCAUCCCCGGCCAAACACCCUCGAGCCAACCCCCCGCUCAAUACAGCCAACGUGACCAACCCAGCACUGGCAACGACCUCAUUGACUUUGACAGUGACAGCAAUGCAGCAGCAGUAGCAGCCCCAUCUUCCUCACAAAAGGGCGCUGAUCUCCUCAACGGCAACGGCUCAUCGGGCCUCAUGACACCUUUGCAACCAUCCGAAUCUACAUCACAGCAACAGCCGGUGGAAAGGGUAGAUUCCAGUACGGCCGAUUUGGAUGUUUUUGUUGAUGCGCAAGAGAAAUGA